GAUCUUAUAGAUGGACGAAGUAAAUUGUUUGAUGAUUGCUUAAGAAAUUGUAAAUUAAUUACAGAAAAUAUUAAAACCAUGUGACAAAAUGUCCAUAGAAUCAUACAUACAUGCAUUUAAAAUAAAAAGUGAACAUGUGUCAAACUUGAAUACGAAUGCAAUUUGCUAUGUUUGAAAAUUUUGAAGCACACGUUUGUUACUUUACCUAACUUCAAACUACUCCGAGUAACGUAUGCUGUCUAAUCUAAUCCAAUUAAUUACUUUUUCCAUUAUUCAAACAAGUCAAAGCUGCCCAAUCAAUAAAAAGUCAAACUCAAAGCAACCGAACCUCAAAAAUCCUUUAUAAAUACUCUUUUAACGUGUCUCAACUUACAUCAUAAAUCACACCCAUAAAAUAACAUCCAAAAAAACCAAAAAAAACAAGCACAUUCACAUAUUCACAUAAUCACAAAAAUGGGUAUUAAGAGAAGUAGAGAAGAGAUAGAGCUAGAAAGGACCAUAGCAAUGGCCAACUACUUAAUCCUCCUAUCCCAACCCCCGAACACGGUCUCACUCGAGCCGAGUACCGGUGGCCGAAUUUACGAGUGCAAGACGUGUAACCGGCAAUUCCCGUCCUUCCAAGCAUUGGGUGGACACCGGGCUAGCCACAAAAAACCUAGGCUACUAAAUAUUGAAGGUGAACAACAUCAAAGCGAUGUACGAAAGGCGAAAAUACAUGAAUGCUCUAUAUGUGGGUUAGAAUUUCCUAUUGGACAAGCGUUGGGAGGUCACAUGAGACGUCAUAGAGCUGCCCUUGCUAGAUCACAACAUCAACCUACUUUUAGAGGCUCUCCUACGCUUUCGCUUUCGCUUGAUGGUUCUUCAUCACACGGUGUUUCGGAAUUAUCUGGUGUGAGCAAGAGCAGGAGUAGUAUUGAGGAUCAUGAUCAUAGAAGAGUUAUUUGCUUUGAUUUGAAUUUGACUCCAUUGGAGAAUGGUUUGUUAGAGUUUGGAACGUUUGCUCCUGUUGUUUGUUGAUUUUUUUUUUUUUUUUUUACUUUUAAAAUUCUUAGGUUGACAUUCGUUUUAUCUUUGUAAAGUAGUUUAAUAUUCUUUCAUUAAUUUGUUAUUAGUAUAUAGUGAUAUACUAUGUACUUGACCUUAAUUAAUAUUUCUUCUAGUUUUUUUAAUUACAACACUUCUCUUUUUCCGCUUGUCAAUACAUGAUUUCAAUUGUUAAUAUAUUUAAUUACCAAUGUGUAAAAAUUCUAAACAUUUGAUGUUAAAAUAAGGAAAAAUUGAUUUUAAUAAUCCCACCUUUUGCCGGUUCGCUGUUAAUAAUCCCACCUUUUGAUUAUUAUCUAAUAAUCCCACCUUUAUAGGGCAUUCUCUUCUAUUGGUCCAUUUUGACCGGUAACCUUUACAUUGGGUAAUUUUUUGUAAAAAAAAUUUAAUUGACAAAAAAACCUAAAAAAAAAAAAAUAUAUGGCCAGCCAAACCUCCACGCGCCACCCGCCACCCCACUUUCCAACCCUCACCGGAGUGCCGACCGACUCAAUCUGCUUCCGGUGCCGGCCAACCAUCCUCUUCGCCCGCUCCGUCUGACGACCCAACCCCCUCCCUUAGUCCCUUUCCUCCUUAACC